GGUUACACGAGCUUCGUGCUUAUAGGUCUGCCAGGAAGGGCAGCGAGUCCUCGGAGGCUCGCCGAAGCUGCUCGCCCUUAUGGUCCACCAAGCGAUGAUCAAGACCGUUCAUCAAGAAGACCUACGGUACAUGGUUAACAUGAAAAGAAUCUCAUUGAUCAGAGAUCAUCACCGUUCAUGCAAAGGUGCGUUAGAAAAUGCUUAGCUGGACCGUCGAUUUUAAUUCACUAUAUAUUGAUGAUGACGAUCUCUGUGAGAUUUUUCUCUAUGAACAAUCUACGAUGGGACUCUCUAGAUGAACGACCCUGAUCAAUCGCUGCAAUAACAGUUUGAUGUCGCAGAGGAAACAAGCACUUCAAAUGGACUGUGAUAUGGAGCCAAGCGGAAACAGUGGGAAUCCCACAUCUGAAAACCGUCUCCUACAAUGGACCCAGUGGCAACUGCUAGAUUCCAUUCUUCCAACAGGUGGGUUCGCUCAUUCAUAUGGCCUAGAGGCUGCCGUCCAAGCUCGCUUUGUAUCAGAGCCAGAUGAUCUAAAGGCCCACGUGAUCUACGUCUUGGAAAACACUGGGAGCCUACUUCUUCCUUUUGUGUACACUGCAAACAGGUUCCCUGACAUUGAAACCUGGUCCAAGCUCAAUAAAACAAUGGAAGCGACACUGAUGAAUGAGGUUAGUAGAAAGGCUUCCAUUUCGCAGGGAUCAGCUCUUUUGAGGGUGGCCGCGUCCGUGUUUACAGAGGCCCCUUUGAUCAAGGAAAUGAGAGAGAGCUUAUUGAGUUCGGGGGCUGUUUCUUUCCACCAUGCGCCUGUCUUCGGCCUUAUAUCUGGGCUUCUUGGUUUCGAUAGUGGGACGUGCCAGCGGGCCUACAUGUUCAUGACAAUGAGAGAUGUUAUUUCUGCGGCCACGAGGCUGAAUUUGGUUGGGCCUUUGGGUGCGUCGGUGCUGCAGCAUCAGAUUGCUCAUGCCGCGGAAGGAAUGGUGGAGAAGUGGAUGGACCGUCCGAUCGAGGACGCAUGCCAGACAGCCCCGUUGCUCGACGUGGUGCAGGGCUGUCAUGGGUAUUUGUUCUCUAGGCUUUUCUGCUCUUGAAAGCUCAGAAAAAUGGCACUGCAGUUAGCUGAUUUUGUUGGAUCAAGCAACUUUGCUUGGCCUAAAAAACUGUACUUGGAGACCCCAUCUCUAUGGUGAUCUAAGCUGUUCAUUUGGUGGGCCCCAUUCUGUGAUUGCCCAAUAAUCUUCCUCCAUUUGAUUCUAAAUGUGGACCACUGUGUCUCAUUGGCCAUGACCUACCAAUAACAAUCAGACUGGUUAGAAUCAUCUGAAAUAUAGGAGAUACGUGCAAGGCCUAUCCCAUGAGAAGCCCACCGGCACCAUUGUCUGGGUUGAUUGAAGAAUGCGGUUUUCUAUCAUUCAGCCAUCAUGUAGUGCAAUGUGAACUACCACUGAUUGUAUAUGGUAAGUUUUCUGUUUGGCCCAACCGUCCUGAUCGAACUUCAUUUCAAGUAUCAGUUUGUUGCUUUUGUGUUA